AUUUGCCUUUUUCACAUGUGUACUUCCUUCCUUUGUGCUCCCCCCCCCCUCCCCCCUCAGGUCUUUGAUAACUAUGCAGUGACAGUGAUGAUCGGCGGUGAGCCGUACACUCUGGGACUGUUUGACACUGCAGGUCAGGAGGACUACGACAGGCUGCGACCCCUCAGCUACCCUCAGACCGACGUCUUCCUCGUCUGUUUCUCCGUAGUAUCGCCUUCCUCUUUUGAGAAUGUCAGAGAGAAGUGGGUGCCGGAGAUCUCCCACCACUGCCCGCGGACGCCCUUCCUGCUGGUCGGGACUCAGGUGGAUCUGAGAGACGACAGCAACACUCUGGAGAAACUGGCCAAGAACAAACAGCGAGCCCUGAGCUGUGAGAGCGGGGAGAAACUGGCCCGAGAGCUGAAGGCCGUCAAAUACGUGGAGUGUUCAGCUCUCACACAGAGGGGUCUGAAGAACGUGUUUGACGAGGCCAUCCUGGCAGCUCUGGAGCCUCCAGACAACAAACCCAAGAAGCGCUGCGUCCUGCUAUAGACGCCACAACAGGAGGAGGAGGUGGAGGUAGACGGAGAUGAACCCAGAUGGGAACAGAGGGAGGCAGUACGGAGAGGAGGGGGAGGGUGUGGGAGUGGACGAGGUCAUUUGUAAACAGUGCCUUCAGCCGUAGUGACUUACCGUGGGGUGUGGUGUUGGAAGAGGCUUUCUUCUCAUCAUAGAUUCGUGUCCAUUAUAAUAUGACUAACACAUGUGGACUCCUCACUAACCAGGAAACAGAUUUCCAUAAUAGGAGGAGAGGGUUGCACGCCUUAAAGAUACAAACAGUGUCACGGUUACAGCUCCAACUGGUAACCACCAACUGAAAAUGAUGACGUUCAUCAAAAGAUAUUUACCCAAGUCACACAUUGUAAAGUUUAAGAUGUCUUUGGUCAGUACACGCCGUUGUAGAUUGCGCUGCCCCCUUUUCAUUAUAUCAUGUCUUUCUUUGGUCUAAAGCAGGUUGCAUUUGCACAAAAGAGAUGGUAGUAAAAAACAAUGAGGCAUUAAUGAUAUUUGUUACCAGUCUGAUUAAAACUAAUAGAAGAGGAAAAAAUGGAGCAGAAAUAAACACUUUCUACAAACAAGUUAUGUUUUUUAUUGAAAGAGAUAUAAAAACCCAGUUUGUGAGCAUCGUGCCCUGCAGCUGCUGUCGUAUUUAGUGGUUUAUUUUGAGUGGCCACGGUAACCUGACUUCAUCCACAAAGAGAUUCAGAUUGGCUAAUUAGAGUUUCUGUAGAGCUUCACUGACUUCGGCUUUGCAGUAUAAAAGACGAUGUACACACACACACACACACACACACACACACACCAGUUAAUGAUGCACACCUGCAAUAAUCCAACAACAGGAGCGAUGAUCGAACUUGCACAUCCUUAAGAGAAACGUGAUUUAGAAAAACAAAUCAAAUCUUUCAGUUGGAACAUGAGUAGGUUGGCUGGUAGGUUUCAUGAGACACAUUUCAAGGCACAGGGUGGUCACCUGACAGAAAUAUGUUAGUGUUCAGCAAACAUUGCCUUUUCUCUCCUGCCGUCUCACUGUGGACAUCCUCACACUCCACUGUCACAGGGGAGUCAUUAUGUUUGGCUGUCACUCUUUAAUACUGCAUACCACCUGAUAUAAAGUAUUUAAGGUGUUACAUAUAGACCCCAUCCCAAAUAAACCAAAACUACAUCCAUUUUAGAGACAAUAGCAUGUUUAAUGCAAAAGAAACAGAGAAGAGUGUCGGCCUCUGUCUGUUGUGACAUGUCGAUGAUGUAGAUGAGUGAAACCCCAGAUAUAAGUCCAUGAAACAUUUUCCAAACAGCCAUCUCAAUUAGAGUCCUAUCAAGACAUCAUCUAAUAAAAAUGUUGCACAA